AACUCACACACACAGACCAGACAGAGACCAGAGAGAGACCAGAGCCAGACCAGAGCCAGACCAGAGCCAGACCAGAGCCAGAGGAGGGACCAAAACCAGAACUGAAACAGAACUAAACCAGGUCUGAACAAGAUCUACAGCAGGAUUAUACCAGGUCCAAAAGAGGAACUACUUCAGCACAAAACUUUCAGAGAGACACCAGAGGAGCACAUGAGGAGCAGAGCCAGAGGAGGGACUUAAGACUAAACCAGGUUUACAACAGGACUAAACCAGGGCUAAAAGAGGAACUGCUUCAGCACAAAAACUGUCAAACAUCAGAGGAGCACAAGAGGAGCUGAGCCAGAGGAGGGACUGAGCCAGAAGUGAAACAGGUCUAAAAGAGAACUAAACCAGGACUAACCCAGCGCCAGGACUAAACCAGAACUAAACCAGGUGUAAAAGAGAAACUGCCACAAGACAAACCUGUCAGUGAGAGAUCAGGACAGCACAAGAGGAACAAGAGCCAGAGGAGGGACUAAACCAGGUCUGAACCAGGUCUAAACCAGGUCUGAUCCAGGUCUGAACCAGGUCUAAAACAGAACUAAACCAGGACUAACCCAGAACCAGUUCACCGAAGCCUCACAUUAUAAAAGUGAUGGCAGAUUCAGCGCCUCAAAGUCCAAAGUCUCUAGGGUCAGAUGUCCCAAAUCCUGGCCCAAGCCCUGGCCCAAGUCCAGGUCCUAGUCCUGGUCCAAGUCCUGGUCCUAGUCCCGGCUGCAGUCCGACUAAAGUCCUGGACAAACCUAAACUCAACGGCACCAGUGAAGUCCAAGCGGAGGACCUGACUAACGACCAGAGGGAGUCUGAGGCUGACGAGGAGCCAGAGGACGUCUCGGACAGCGUUCUGUGCGACUCGUGCAUCGACACGCCUCGUCCGGCCGUGAAGUCCUGCCUCACCUGCCUGGUCUCCUACUGCGAGGCCCACCUCAGACCUCACCUGGAGAACCCCAAGUUCUCGCAGCACAAGCUCCUGGAGCCUCUGCGCGACAUCGAGAGGAAGACCUGCGAGAUCCACCACCAGGGCCUCCUCUGGUUCUGCGUGCCCGACCAGGAGUGCGUCUGCGAGGGCUGCGUGAGCGACGAGCACCGCGGACACGAGCUCCGCACCGUGGAGGAGGCCCGCAGGGACAUCGAGAGGGAGUUGAAGCAGAAGCAGAACGAGAUGGUGAAGACAGUGGCCGCGGCUGAAAACGCCAUCAACAAACUGCAAAACAACACCGUGUCCAUAGAGAACUCAGUGAUGGAGGUCCGUGCCGUGGUGGACGCCCAGUUCGAGCGUCUGUCGGCGACCUUGGAGAAGACCAAGCGUUCCCUGAUGGAGCUCCUGGAGGCGGAGGAGAAGCAGGCGGUGAAACAGGCCGACGGGAUCCGAGUCCACCUGGAAAACCGCCUCUCGGACCUCCGGAAAACCCAGGCUCAGGUCCAGAAGAUCAGCCGCAACAAGAGCCACCUCGACUUCCUGCAGGAGUACGUGGAGUGGAAGCAGGAGGGCGCGGACACGUCUCUUCCCGGCGUUUACAUCGGACUCAUGGACAGUUUAAACUCCGUCGGGAAAAUCAUCACAGAGUCGACGGACAAACUCUGCAGCGCCAUCGAGACCGAGUUCACCGACAGGGUCAAAGACGCCUGCUCCAACGAUGAAUCUGGUUUGGGGAUAAAGACGACCGUCCGGACGAUGAUCGCGGCCAAACACAGUCAGAGUUUACCAGACCCACAGACCAGAGGCGACCUGCUGCAGUACGGUAAAUCUUUCACCUUCGACCUGAACACGGCUCAUAAGUUCCUGCGUCUGACGGAUGAGAAUCGUAAAGUGACGAACACGACGCCGUGGCAGCACCCGUACGCCGACCACGACGAGCGCUUCGACCACUGGAAGCAGGUCCUCGCCGCCGAGUCCAUCUACCUGGACCGGACCUACUGCGAGCUGGACUUCAGCGGAGACGGGACGUACCUCGGCCUCGCGUACAAGAGCAUCGAGAGGAAAGGCACCGACAGCAACAGCUGCAUCACCUCCGCCAGCGCCGCCUGGUGCGUGCAGUGGACGGGUAAAUCCUUCUCGGCGUGGCACGGUGAUGAGGAGGUGCCCGUGGCGGUGGCGCCGGGUCAGAGGUUUUCUCGCGUGGGCGUGUACGUGGACCACGCGGGCGGAGCCCUGCGGUUCUACGGUCUGCAGGCGGGCGAGGGCGAGGGCGACGCCGAGGUGACGCUCAUCCACGAGUUCAGGGCGGAGUUCAGGGAGCCGCUGUACCCCGCCUUCUGGCUCUCCAAGAAGGAGAACUCUGUAACCAUGGUGACGCCCGGAGAGCCCCUGAAGAGCUCGCCGUCUCCGCCGCCGUCCACGCUGUCGCCUAGCAACAGCAGCGCUAAUCUGAAUGCCAAUAAUAAUAAUAAUAAUAAUAAUGGGAAUAAUGCAAACACGCCGCCGCCCUCCUCUCCCACCGCCGUCUCCACGGUCGAGUCUGGAGCCAACGGGAAAACAAGCUCCUCCCCCUCCUCCCCCACACAGACAACGACCACUGAAACCAAAAGUGAAACUAAAAAUUAAACAGACAAGUAAACAAAAACAUGAAACAGUGAGAGCGCUGCAGAUAUUUAUGUUUUUGUUUGUUUGACAAAGUUUAGAUUUAAAUUUUAGAUUUUUAGAUUUAAGAUUUUCUCUGAUCUCUGUGUCCUGGACUCGUGUUUUGUUUCAUUCACAUGUUUGCGUUUAUUAUUCAGGUUGAGUUCUCAAUUUCUCAAACUGAAAACAGCGGCAGAAUUUUUUCUUUACAAAUGACAGACGUGGCGCAUACGCACGGGAUUAAGAUCUCAGGCGUCCAGUGUAACUGUUACAAAUCACCAGUGUUGUGGUGAAGAGCGCACUAAUCCAGACCAAGACCAGUCCAGGACCAGUCCAGGACCAGUCCAAGACCACGGCCCGUCGAGACUAAAGCGAGACCAUUGUUGUCAUUUUCUACAUUUAUUUGUAGACAGAUGAAUAAUACAGAUUUACUCAAAUAUGUGAAUGAAACAAACACAGCUCCAGGUCUGUUUGUGUUUUUGACGAGGAAAUAUCAGAACAGGACUUAACGCUCACAGAGUUUUGCGUUACAUCGGACGUUUCGGUGAAGUUUUACCAGAGUGAAUCAUAAAAAUAAGCUCCAACUUUCUGAGGAACAUUAGAAUAAUUAUGUUUUUUUACCAUAAAAACUCCAGAGAGUGAAAGACUGAGGUGCGGGUCAAAGGUCAAACAGUCUGCGGUCACUGGACACUUUUAAAUAUAAUAAAUAAAUGACUUUAUGAGGUUUUGACGUUUAUGUUUGUUUUUGCUGUUUUUCUUUUUCUUGGAGCUGUUUAUUUUUGUGUGUGUUUACGCCACAGACGGUCGGUUUACACUGGAUUUUCCGUUCUCAGGAGUUUUACUUUCAAAUGGUAAAAAUAAUUUCAGAAUUUUGAACAAAACAAACUGUGCCAAAUGGAUCAUGUUUACAUUUUAUAUUUAUCUUUUUUUAGGAUUUCAAGGGUUAAAUGGAACUGUGACUAAAACUAAAAACUAAAAACUAAUGCUGUUCCGUAAAUAAAACUUUCUGAACCUU